AUGGAUUCUCAAUCUCAAUCCAUUCCUUCUUCUUCUGGUAAUCCCUCUCAGUUAUCAUGGAUGAACUUGUCUAGGAAUUUAUUGUUAGCAUAUCAAAGCUUUGGUGUAGUGUAUGGAGAUCUAAGCACAUCACCUCUCUAUGUUUAUACAAGCACAUUUAAAGGAAAGUUAAAGGAUCACCACGAUGAAGAAACUAUCUUCGGUGUUUUUUCAUUGAUUUUCUGGACUAUUACAUUAAUUCCUUUGCUUAAAUACGUAUUCAUCAUAUUGAGUGCCAAUGAUAAUGGUGAAGGUGGGACGUUUGCUCUCUAUUCACUGCUCUGUAGGCAUGCCAAAUUUAAUUUGCUUCCCAAUCAACAAGCAGCCGACGAGGAGCUUUCGUCCUACAAAUACGGUCCCUCGUCGCAGACUGGAGCCUCGUCUCCGCUCAAGAUGUUUUUGGAGAAGCACAAACGGUUAAGAACAGUCCUGCUUGUUGUCGUGCUGUUUGGUGCUUGUAUGGUCAUUGGCGAUGGUGUGCUUUCACCGGCUAUUUCAGUUCUGGCAUCGGUAUCAGGGUUAAAAGUUACGAUAACGAAAUUCAAUAACGGUGAACUUGUUCUUCUAGCAUGUGUCAUAUUAGUCGGCAUGUUUGCUCUUCAACAUUGUGGAACACACAGGAUUGCGUUUAUGUUUGCACCAAUCGUAAUCAUCUGGCUUCUAUCGAUUUUUAUUAUUGGGAUCUAUAAUACGAUACUUUGGAAUCCAAAAAUAGUCUUUGCUAUCUCGCCACAUUAUAUCAUCCAGUUUUUCAUCAAGACCGGUACCGAGGGUUGGAUUUCUCUCGGAGGGAUACUUCUCUGUAUCACUGGAGCCGAAGCUAUGUUUGCAGAUCUCGGCCAUUUUACUGCUACGUCAAUAAGGCUUGCAUUUGCGGUUGUUAUAUACCCGUGUUUGGUAAUGCAAUACAUGGGCCAAGCAGCUUUUUUAUCUAAAAACCUCGACUCUAUUCAAAAUAGUUUUUACGACUCGAUACCUGAACCUGUAUUUUGGCCGGUCUUUGUUAUUGCUACGUUGGCCGCCAUUGUUGGAAGUCAAGCUUCGAUCACUGCUACUUUCUCCAUCAUCAAGCAGUGUCAUGCACUUGAUUGUUUUCCCCGCGUCAAAGUUGUUCACACCUCUAAACACAUGUUCGGACAGAUCUACAUCCCGGAAAUAAACUGGAUACUCAUGGUUCUGACUCUUGCCGUAACCAUUGGAUUUCAAGACACAACCUUAAUCGGAAAUGCUUACGGACUUGCCUGUAUGACCGUAAUGUUUGUGACUACGUUUCUGAUGGCACUAGUCAUAGUUUUCGUCUGGCAGAAAAGCUUCGUGAUUGCCGCACUAUUCCUUUUGUUCUUUUGGGUGAUAGAAGCCGUAUAUCUAUCGGCAGCGUUCCUAAAAGUGCACCAGGGAGGAUGGGUUCCGCUUGUCCUGUCGUUCUUCUUUUUGGUCGUUAUGUAUGUAUGGCAUUACGGUAUUCGUAGGAAGUACAAAUACGAUCUACACAACAAAGUUUCGUUGAAAUGGUUACUAGGUUUGGGACCUAGUCUCGGAAUUGUCCGUGUCCCAGGAAUCGGUCUCAUCUACUCGGAACUUGCAACGGGAAUACCAGCGAUAUUCACCCAUUUCGUAACUAACCUCCCUGCAUUUCACAAGGUUUUGGUUUUCGUCUGCGUGAAAUCAGUUCCUGUUCCACACGUCUCGCCUGAAGAACGCUUUCUGAUUGGCCGAGCCUGUCCAAGACCAUUUCGAAUGUAUAGAUGCAUUGUUCGAUACGGCUAUAAAGACAUUAAAAGGGACGACGGCGAGUUCGAGAAUCAUCUCAUACAAAGUAUAAUGGAGUUCAUCCAAAUGGAAGCAGUGGAACCACAGUUCUCAAGUUCCGAUUCUUCAUUUGACGCGAGGAUGGCUGUUAUAGGCACCAGAAGCUUAGAAUCAACUCCAACCUUGAUUGCAUCCGAGCAAGACAAUGUUGAUAUCGACGAAAGCAUCCCGAGUAGCCGAUCUAUAACACUACGACGCCUACAAUCCACCAUCGACGAUGAGAACCCGCAAGUCAGAAGGCGUAGAGUAAAAUUUCAAGUCCCAAACAAUCCCGGAUUGGACAAUGCUGUUAAAGAAGAGAUUCUAGACUUAAUCCAAGCCAAGGAAGCGGGGAUCGCGUACAUAAUGGGACACUCGUAUGUGAAGGCGAGGAAAUCAUCGUCGUUCUUGAAAAAGAUUGUGAUCGAUAUGGGAUACUCAUUUCUGCGGAAGAAUUGCAGGGGUCCGGCUGUGGCUCUUAACAUUCCUCACAUCAGUCUUAUUGAAGUUGGAAUGAUAUAUUAUGUUUAG